CCCUCCUCCAGGCCUCGUUGUCUUCGCCCUUCCUUCCUUCCCUCCUCCUCCUCCUCCUCCUCCAUUGCUGUGGGGCGGGCAAUCCGGACCCAGCCGGGGACGACGGCUGCACUGCACUGCCCGGGCUCCUUCUCCUCCGCGUUGGAGAGCCAUACAUUCUAACAAUGGCGGAAGCCCAUCAAGCAGUUGCGUUUCAGUUUACUGUAACACCAGAUGGAAUAGACCUUCGCAUGAGCCAUGAAGCUCUCAGGCAGAUCUACCUGUCUGGUCUCUAUUCUUGGAAGAAGAAGUUCAUCAGAUUCAAGAAUGGCAUAAUCACAGGAGUCUAUCCUGCUAGCCCAUCAAGUUGGCUGAUUGUAGUAGUAGGAGUUAUGUCAACAAUGUAUGCUAAAGUAGAUCCUUCUUUGGGAUUAAUAGCUAAAAUCAACCGGACACUUGAUACAACUGGCUAUAUGUCCAACCAAACACAGAAUAUUGUCAGUGGGAUUCUUUUUGGAACAGGGCUCUGGGUGGUCCUUAUUUUCUCAAUGCGCUACACACUAAAGAUGCUGCUUUCCUACCAUGGCUGGAUGUUUGCCGAACAUGGCAAACUUUCUAAAGGAACCAAGUUAUGGAUGACACUGGUGAAGCUUUUUUCUGGUCGUAAACCAAUGCUGUACAGUUUCCAGACAUCUCUGCCACGUCUUCCAGUUCCAGCUGUUAAAGAUACUGUAACUAGGUAUUUAGAAUCAGUUCGUCCUCUUAUGAAUGAUGAACAGUUUAAAAGAAUGGAAGGUCUUGGCAAAGAUUUUGCAGUUAAUCUUGGACCAAAGUUACAGUGGUACUUGAAACUGAAGUCCUGGUGGACUACAAACUAUGUUAGCGAUUGGUGGGAAGAAUACAUUUACCUUCGAGGCCGUGGGCCUAUUAUGGUAAACAGUAAUUACUUUGCAAUGGACUUUCUGUAUUUUACUCCCACUACUGUGCAGGCAGCUAGAGCUGGAAAUGCUAUCCAUGCCAUCUUGCUAUAUAGAAGAAAACUGGACCGGCAACAGAUUCAGCCAAUUCUUCUGAUGGGAUCCACUGUUCCACUCUGCUCAGCUCAAUGGGAGAGGAUGUUUAAUACCUCCCGUAUUCCAGGAGAGGAAACAGACACUAUCCAGCACAUAAAAGACAGCAAACACAUUGUUGUGUACCAUAAAGGAUGCUAUUACAAAGUAUGGCUAUACUAUGAUGGCAGACUGCUGAAACCCCGGGAGAUUGAACAGCAGAUACAGUGGAUUCUCAAUGACAAAUCAGAACCCCAGCCAGGUGAAGAGAAGUUAGCUGCUCUUACUGCCGGAGACAGAGUUCCAUGGGCCAAAGCUCGCCAGACCUACUUUGCACGUGGAAAGAACAAGCAGUCAUUGGAUGCUAUUGAAAAGGCAGCUUUCUUUGUGACUCUGGAUGACACUGCUCAGGGUUAUAGGGAAGAGGACCCAGUGACAUCAAUGGACAACUACUCAAAGGCACUUCUACAUGGCAAAUGCUAUGACAGGUGGUUUGACAAGUCAUUCACUCUUAUAGUGUUUAAGAAUGGUAAAAUGGGUCUGAAUACCGAACAUUCUUGGGCAGAUGCUCCUAUUGUUGGACAUCUUUGGGAGAAUGUCAUGCUUUCGGACUGCCUUGAGUUGGGUUACACAGAAGAUGGGCACUGCAAGGGAGAAACCUCUUCUGGAAUUCUUAUGCCUACCAAACUGCAAUGGGAAAUUCCUGAAGAAUGCCAAGAAGUGAUUGAGAGAUCCCUGGCCAUUGCAAGACCUCUAGCAGAUGAUGUGGAUUUCCAUUCAUUUCCUUUCAACACAUUUGGGAAGGGUUUAAUGAAGAAAGUUAAAACUAGUCCCGAUGCUUUUGUGCAACUUGCCCUACAGCUUGCUCACUAUCGGGACAUGGGGAAAUUUUGCUUGACUUAUGAAGCAUCUAUGACACGCCUUUUCAGAGAAGGUAGAACAGAAACAGUUCGUUCAUGUACUAUACAGUCAUGCAAAUUUGUGCAAGCAAUGGACGACCCAUCUGAAACUCUUGAAAAGAAGAUUGCAUUAUUCAAAGCUGCUGCUACUCAUCAUCAGCUCCUGUAUCGUCUUGCAAUGACUGGUGCUGGGAUUGAUCGCCACCUUUUCUGCCUGUAUGUAGUGUCAAAGUACCUUGCUGUUGAUUCACCUUUCCUUAAGGAAGUUUUGUCAGAGCCCUGGAGACUUUCAACAAGUCAGACGCCACAACAGCAAUUGAUCUGAACAAGAAUCUGGGAUGGAAUCCAGUGGUGGAGGUUUUGGGCCAGUAAGUUGAAUGGUACCUGU